UCUCUCAACCUCAACCAAUUCACUAAGACCCGUAAUAGCUGUCGUAACCAAAUUGACCUUGUAUUUACAUAUUCGACUCUGCUUGCUGCUCACUCUCCAAGACCAAUAUGUCGUCAUCAAAUUCAGAAAGCAACAAAUACAUAGGUCUUCAUUAGUCCUUUGUCCCAUGUUGGUGCUCAUGGUUAUGGCAUGGCCGUUACCCCACAAUGCAGCUCGGAAAUUUAUACCCGCUGUGAGCAAUUACUGCAUUCAUGAUGGGGCAAUAUAGUAACUCUACUAAUGUAAAACAGCUAUAUAAACCAGAGAGAAGUACUCAUUGUGGUUCAAGGCUUCAAGCUUCCCACAACCCCUGUUGCAGACACACACUUUUUGAGUUUUGACCAGCAGAGAGUAGUAGUGCUGCCACUACUAAAUGGCGUCACGUUUUCUUCUUGUCGCCGCGGUUUUGGUCUUCUGCAUAGCACAGGUUUCAGCUGAUGCCAAGGUGGAAGACCAUGAAACCAAGGCGGUGGUGAAAGGACCUAACAGAAGACUGUUACCAUAUCUGAACUGUGAAGGGCUAUGUAAGGCUCGUUGCAGCUUGCACUCGAGGCCAAAUAGGUGCAACAGGGCAUGUGGAACUUGCUGUGUAAGGUGCAAGUGUGUUCCUCCGGGCACCGCGGGCAAUAGAGAGGUCUGUGGAUCAUGCUAUACUGAUAUGACCACUCAUGGCAACCGCCUCAAGUGCCCUUAAAACCACUGGCUCUCCGUGUUUCAAAAUAUCCGGGAAAGAGAGGAGAAAUCAACAUGGGAAUCACUCACAAAGUAAUUUAAACUUUUAAGUUGAAUGUUGUUGUUUUGUAUUCUUGUUUCGCUUCUCAUAUGUGGAUUUUUAGUUUCCUCAAAAUACCGUGCUAUUCGG